CGAUGUUUGUUGCGUGUUUCAGAUUUGCCCGUUAACCCCUGGUCGAUAAGUCAGUCGCAAAGUGAAACCGCCGCGACAGGUCCGAUACAAAGUGCGAGUCGACCACAAGAUCAUCAUUUCGGUGGUCCGAUAAGAAAGAAUAGCGCGUUCGGUUAUCAGGCCGAUUUCCGCAACCGUAGCCAACCGUAUGCGCGGUCGAGUUCGCACGGCUCACCUGCUUGCAAUCUUCCAUACGCGGCGUGUCAAGCCGGGACUCCGGCGAACAACCUAAGAGACCUACGUCAGAGUCUCUACGCCGCGACCAAUAGUCCAGGUGGAGUCUUCGGCCAGUCCGUUUCCCACGGCCCACAGCACUUUCCUGCGCGGGGAGGACAGCCAAGUUUAUCCUCCCAGCCAGCCUCGUGCUCUCUCACUGCCGGCCCGGCGCAAAACCCGGCGCAAAUAAGUCUCGUCCAGACUGCGCCGCACAUCUCCAACUACAUCACUAAUAUCAGUCUAAGUGCGCCAGUCAGCAACGCGAGUCAGUCGGGUCCCAGCGCCAACACCUGCGCUGCGACUACAUCGGCCGGCAGGUGCAUUCCUCAGCGAGUCCACCGCCAGAAUCAGCAACGGGCUCAGCCGUAUCCGCAGGCCGUUUUGCAGGGCGCUCAACGAAGCCCCCGACAAGCAACCGCUCAACGGGGCCCUCAAGAUUCGAUAAGGAGUCGCCUGAAUGCUGCGACGCGACUCGUGAGCCAACAGUUCGGGCCGAACAGCUUGGUGCCCGUUAACGACGCGUUUUGGGAAUUCAUCGGCAAUCCCAAUUCCUCGAAUCCUUCGUGGAGUUCGCCGUCGACGUUGCAACAAGCCUCGCCGCGACGACACACGUCUGCGGAGAUUCUGAACUCGCUGGAAAAUCAUCUCGAGGCUGCGGUGAAGAACGUGUGCGGAAGAAACACCGCCAGCCAAAAUCAGGCCUUUCCCGAGCGAUCGUCUCGCAAUCGGGAGGCGACGGUCGGUGCGAGUUCUGCGCUGGGUGUCGCUGACAACAACUGCUUUAAGACUCCUCAAGCUGUUGUCCGGCCGCACACACAGCCACGCUUGUCUCCCGUGGAAGGCGCGAUCUCUGCGGAUGCGCCGAGGGCUUCGCUGAAAAGUCGAAUCCGGCCUGCGCUGCACAACAUCCUGAACAGAAAUCCGCCGUUCAACACCGCCGGUGCCAACACCGCCAGCUGUCGAUACGCAGCUCAGCCUGCUCAGAGUACCAUUCAGUCGCGAUCGGCCCCCGGACAAGGUGCGACCACCACUGCGAGUGCUCUGACUUGCUCGAGCUCGAGAGAUCGAGUCCAGGCAGCGGCGAGGAACGUCGUGUACAGGCCCGUGAGCGUAAAUGCGCCGCUGGCCCGCGGCCGGCAGUGUCGCUACAGCAACAACGCCGCUCUCCACAAGAGCACCGCGACGAGAAGCAGCGGUAGCAGCGGUUACCACGCUGUUGGCCAGCAGGUAGUAGCCCCCUGUGGUGGUGUUCGGCGGUCGCAGCAGCGGGCAACUUUGCCCCUCGCGCAGGGCGGCUCGUUCGCUGCCGAUGCUGUGAACGCGUCGGGAAGUUGCCAAGUCCAGACCAGUGCGGCGACGGGCAACAAUAGCGGCGACAACGUAAAUGUGCCGGCCAGCCAGGUACAUCCGAAGAACCGGAGUCUCGGCACAGAAGUCUCGAAGGCAGAAGUCCCACCGACCCCCACGGCAGCCAGCAAUAGCGACGACUCCGGCGUUCACAACAGCUACACGUCCUCGCCGGAACAGUACAGUCUCGACGAGUUGUCGGACGUCCUGAAAGAUUUGAAAGAGAUCAUCGACUCACCGGUGGAGGACAACCUGGCCGUGAACAACAACCUGGCACUAACCACGGGGAACAACGACGCGCAGUUGUUGCAGCAGUACUCGAGGAACAUCGCCAGCUACGUGCCGCGGAGCGCAGCGCGAGUGACGCAACAGCAGGGCAGCAGGGCCCAGCCGGCCGCUGAAGGCAGCGGCGUGGCGAUCGAGACGGAACAGUUCUUCGACGCGCGCUCCGUAGCGGAGCGACGGUCGUCAGCCGCGGCGGUGCAGCCUACGUCGUUGCCCGUCGCGCAGUCGGCGGUAGCGAGCUUCAACGCCACCCUUCAGCCGAGCGCCGUGGGAUUCAACGUGUCAACGUCGUCGCGCGUCCCGACAAACUGCAUCGGGGGGGGGCCGAGCGGGGGCCCCAGCUACGGCAACGUCGCCGGUGACGGUAACGACGAGCUCUCCCGGCAAAUCCUGCUCAAGCUCAACCCCUCGGCGAGCUUGCCUGGCCGCACGAGUCAGGAACAACAGCAAUUCAGCCAGCAGGCGUCGCCAGUGUUGGAGAACAUCGAGGUGAACUACAGCCUCGGUGACGAUAUCCUGGGCGCCGGCGCGGCGAGCGAGCAAUUGAGCAACACGUCGCCGUACAACAUCAUCGCCGGGAACAGCGGCGAGCCGCACGUCGGCCCGACGUCGGACAUCGCGUCCGACAUGAAGUACGAGACGCAAUCGGGCCCACCGACCGCGCAGCCGCACAUGACCACCUCGGGGGUCGAGCCUCCGCACAGCAGCCAGGGCUCCGGCAUGAUGGUGGAUCGUUCGCCGGCGGACGCCGAGGGCGUCACCGUGAUGUUGUCCUCGUGGAACGGCGUGGCUUCCGACUAUCUGGAUCAGUCGGACAUCAAGCAGACGGGCCCAGGCCUGUCGGACACGUGGGACUCGAUCCUGAUGGACCAGUCGCUCGACGUGCCGCAGUCGAUAGCGGCGGACAGGAGGCCGUUGCCGUCCUUCAUCGGGUACACCAGUCACCUGAGCAUCAACGGCAUCCCGGGCCACCAUUACCACACGAUAGCCUCGUCCGCUCAGAGAUCGGCGAUCCCCUCCGGCUCGCCCACGCAGUCGACCAACCAAGAGUAUUACGCUGGGGUCGCCUCCGACACGCAGGAGUAUCAGGAGUCGUCCGUGGUGUCUUCUAGCACUCCGUGCCAGCAGGGCAGUCAAAAGCAACAGCAGCAACAGCAGCAGCAGCAGCAGCAGCAAUCGCACGCCAACAAUCAACACCACCUGAACCAGCACCAACACCACCAUCACAACCACCACCACCACCAGCAGCAGCAGCAGCAGCAACAGCAGCAGCAGCAGCAGUUGCCGCAGUCAACGCAGCCGCUCGAGUACGUCGACAUCGAGGCGGACAUUGCGCAGCUGAUCGGCCAUGCGAUCGCGGCGGACACGACGGUGUCGAGCGGCGGCAGCAACGGUAAUGGCGGCAACAACGGUAACGCCGCCAACGCCGGCAACGGCAGCAACGGCGGCAGCUCCAGCCUGGUGCAGGAUCAGGACACCGCCUCGAGGGACGCGUCGUCUUGGAACGAGAUCGUCGAUUGGUUCGACACCGCUUGCUCCACCAACAAACCCCAGGAGCCGAACCCGUACACGGUCUACCACGGGGCGAACGCACCCGCGCAGGCGCAGCAGCAGCAGCAGCAGCAGCAGCACAGCUCCGCUCUUCAGAACCUGCUCUCUUACUCACCUCUGCUGCAAGCGAGAUUGCAAGCGGGCAACACGGAGGCUCCUUCGUCGACCAGCGCCUAUCCACCAGUCAGCCCGCCGGGGAGGGUCUCGACGUCGGGCAGCCCGGACCAGAACCUGCACUCGUCGUCUUACGUGGCCCCGUCGCACUCCCGGAAAAGGUCGCGAGGUAACCAGGGCUCGCAGAAUCCUGCGAAGAAGGCCGCGAUAUCUUACGGUAAUGACGCCAGCAUGGCAGGAGGGAAAGAAAAGCCGGUACAUCGGUGUCAAGUAUGUAACCGUGGUUUUUUAAAUAAGAGCAAUAUCAAGGUGCACUUACGGACUCAUACCGGCGAAAAGCCCUUCAAGUGUGAAGUUUGUGACAAGGCGUUCAGGCAGAAAGCGCACUUGAUCAAACACCAGCAAAUUCACAAGAGGAGCAGCAGAGAUUAGGAGGAUUCCUCCGCGCCGCGCCGCGCCGCGGAGGGAGACGUACCCUCCUUGUACAAAUUGCUUUGUGUACCUAUAUUAAUUAGUAAUUGUAAAUAUAAAUACAGUAAAUGUGAAUUUACGGCAAUUUUAACGUAACUUUUAAUAAUUUAUAGUAACGCGGUAGAUUGUCCCCCGCCCCCCCCCCCAACAGACGAUCGCUCGCGCAAUCGGGACGCGCGGUGUUCGACACGCGGGACACUCAAGUCCAACUAGUUCGCUAAUCACAUCGUUGUAAAAUACUAAGAUUAAUCUUACGGGUGGUAACUCGACGAGACAAAAAAAGGUUAAAAAUAGUAAAGCAUCAAUUGUCGGGAUUUGCGAAGAGGGGACUUUUCGACAGCUGGUCCGCCGCGCAACUCACGCAGGAUCUCAGUUUUCCUUUUUUAUUUAUUUUUUUUUUCUAUACUUUGUUAGCGUUGCUUGAACUCGACGUUGCCGACUAUUAAUUAUCGUUACUGCAUGUUCCGAAAGUGUUCAGGUGGCUUAUGACGAAUUUCACGACACCGCGAAAAAAGGAGUUGCAGCAUAGAUGAUGAGUUUUAGGCUCCGCAGGUUACUUCUGAUGUGCUGCAACAUCCGAGCUCCGUAGAUCCGCGUUAUCGCAACGCGAUAACGCGGUCGUCGUUCAUUUUUAGCGGCGGAACCUGAUGAAAAUCGGCGCGUAAUGGAGAGAGAUGCAUCGAUUGUGUUGGCCCAGUUAAAAUUAAUCCCGAUUAGUAGAUUCACGUGCCGUCCAAACGUUUUCGCGUUUCCUUGCGGUGACGAUGCCAAAAUGGCAGGAGGAAAAGAAAAGCCUGACACCAUCGGUGUCAAGUACGUAAUAGAGGGUUUUUACAUAAAAGGGGUCAAGUACGUAAUAGAGGGUUUUCACAUUAAAAUUUUCUCGGGCGAAUUUUAAUUGCUUUAAUAGCGAUCUUCUUCCGGAUGCAAAUAUUUAUAGAGUCGUUUGGCUCAAGUGAAUGAUGAACUUGAAGAAUCUCAGUAAGGUGGAGGCGAUCGUUAAGAUACCUCGGAUGAGCUCAACAUGUGCACCCCACGCGCUCUUCUGAUACAUGUAGAUUCUUAAUUUUUCAGAAAAUUAAAAACACAUGUACGGAAAGUUUGCGAGGAAAUUUCUAUAAGUGUCUGGCUAUCUUGUUUGCUAAAAAUAAAACAGUACACAUUUAUAUUAGACCUACUAUAUAAAAUGUGAAAUCUACCAUAUAUAGAUCUAAUGAACGAUAUAUGAGAUGUGCAAGAAGAAGCCAAUACUUAUCCAUCAACGUGACAUUUUGACGAUCACUGUUACUUUCGUCAGAGUUCGUCGUUCACUUUGGCAUCUUUCGAAGCUUGUUUUACGUUCCGUGUUUUUCUAAAGUGUUCGACGAGAAGAGAGAAACGAGAUGAGAAUGAACAAGGACGCAAAAGUGAGUGGGUCAGCAUCUUUUAACUUCAAGUUGUCGAGGAAUGAUUGUGACGAUCGAGAACAGCAAGAAGACAAAGAAAGACAUGUGGAUCACAAUGGUACAAUGAUUUUCGAUGUUAUUUAAUUUCUAGGAUUUUAUUUAUUUAGUUAUUUAAUUUCUAGGAUUAUGCCAAAUUUCUAGGAUUAAUUUUUGGAAUUUUAAAAUUGUGAAAAUUUUAAAGCGAGUAAAAAGAGGAGAGAAAAUGUUAUGUACAUAUAAUGUUAAUAUGAUAUAAUGUAUUCGUGAAGAAAUAAAUAUUGUACGGAAAAUAAUUACGUUGAUAAUUUGUCCAUAGUCCAUUUAUAUAAAAGAUAUACUUUUAAAAUUAUUAAAAUUUUGAAGGAGGGAAAUUUUGCAAGGAGGGUUAGAGCAAAAGAGAGAACAGGGAUACAAAAAGGGGCUUCCGUAAUUUUGUAUUGGGUUGCAAUUUUAUUUAAAAUUAGAACUAUAUAUCGCGUUGUGCAAUUUUAUCAUAAAAUAUAUGUGAAGAUCGUGAAGAAUUUUAGAGCAAGUGGAUAAGAGAGAUAAAAUUUUAAAGCUCGUAGGGAGGAGGAAGACUCAGGGGAGAAGGAUAAGAAAUAUCAGUGAAGAAAGGGGAAGAAAGGGGGGGAGGAAGGGAUCGAUCAUAAGUAAGAGAACAAUAAGUGAUACAAGUAAAAGAGGAGUAGCUCUGCAUCUCUCUUUGCGCUGCCGGUUCACGCAUACAGUUGUGUGUAAUUGAAUUCAGGUCUGCAACUUCCACGAGCAUCACAAUGUAAUAUUUUAAACCUUACUUGCGGAACAUGCAUUAAUGAUUGGCCUAUCAAAACGACUGUCCCGACUGUCUUGUUAUCCUGGACUCUAAGCGUCGGUCUACGAUACUUCGGCGCGCGCGCGCGCGUACAUCGAAAUGUAGGCCACAAUUUAAGAGUGAGUGAAACCCGUAGAUGAUAUCGCGGUAUAUACGUAUAUAAAUCGACUCAUAAAUCCGUUUACAUGUCAAAUUGUUUCCUUGAGAUUUUCACACGGGACGAGAGAGGGAACGCGGUGCCCGUCCGCGCCGCGACUUGGCGAUUGAAUGCAUGAGAGAGAUAUCGCGCAAUCAUUCAUUUCAAAAGUAUCGCGCGAACCAGGUGUACGAGUCAUUAUGUAUCUGAAAAAAAUGGGUGCGCGGUGUGCAUAGAUAGAAAAUCCGGUAAUGGUAUAUCGAGUGAAUUCAGUCUUCUAUUCCGAAACGAGGCGCUGCGCGGCGCGCCUCGUUUGGGUGGACGCGCGGAUGGACAAUUACUUUCGCGCGACCUUCUUCUCUGUUCGUACGUUCACGAAAGAAAUUCACGAAAUCUCUCAGGAUCUGCGGUCGAUCGGAGAUCGACGGUAGCGGCGGAGAGCGAUGAAACUGCGAGUGCGGGAAAAUUUGCGAGAAAUGCGCUCUGAGAGUGUGUACACGUGUGUAGAUAGACGACUUUUACAUUUCGACGCCGUCUUUGUUUUCUUGUCCUUGUUUCUUUUUUUUUUCUCUUUUUUUUUCUCUCCUUUGUAUAAGCCACUCUAUAUCCUGGCGAUAUAGUAGCGUAAGACGUUCUGUACGAUAUUGCCUCAUGAUGUAUUCGCGAUUAGGUAGCAGCGUUUGAGUAAAGUAGAAUUAAGCGAAUGUCCUCUCUCUCUCUCUCUCUCUGCGUAUUUAUAGCUUUCACGGAGCCGCGCGAUUAACCGGCGAAAGAAAAUUGUAUUACUGCAUUACCUGUCGAACGAGACACGAGCCGUUUGGCCAGCCAGAUCAGCUUCGACCGGGUUGAUCGUCUCAGUGCAGAAAUCUGAAGCGUCCUCACAGCGGUCCUCCAGCCGGUCGAUAGACGAGUUCACGACACACGUCACGUGCGUCUCUCUCGUUGUCAGAUUGUCGCAGGAUCGCCUCUGCAAAGUCUGCGUCCGUCGUCAGCUCGUACUAUUUCGG